AUGUUUUUACUCUUAUUCUACUUCCUGUUAGCUCAAUUCAUCUCUUGUGAAAAGAUCAUCAGUCAAUUUAUUCAAGAACCUGAAGAUGUUGAAACGAUCAUUGGAUCAACAGUAAUUCUUCAUUGUCGAACGGAGCCUCUUGAUGAAAGUCAAGUUACGUGGUGUAAAAAUGACUUUUGUACAUUAGGAAAAACACGUGAUCUACCUUUCUAUCCUCGAUAUGAAAUCAUUGGACAAGCUCGACAAGGUCAACAUCAUUUCAAGAUCGUUAAUGUUUCCUUAGAAGACAUGGGAGUGUAUCAAUGCCAAAUCCGAGCAGGAGCACGACGAGCUGGUGCUAUGUCUCGGAAGGCAAAGUUAACUGUCCUACAAAUUCCAACUAGUUUAACGAUCGACAGUCCAGUUGUUUUAAUAGAAAAUGUUCUGUCGUUCAUUGUAUGUCGUGCGAAUAAUGCAAUGCCCGAGGCGAAACUAUCUUGGCAUUUACCAAAAUCGAUUAGUUAUUUAUCAAAAAAUGAUUAUGCACUUAUAUCUGAUCAAUCAUUAAGAAAUUCAAUUUCGAAUAUAACAUUUCUCCCGAAUAGAUCAUUUCAUGGAAAGUUAAUUCAAUGUCAAGCACAUUCAUCUGCUAUUGACAUUAACAAUCAAACGAUGAUAACAGAACAAUAUAUUCAAACGAUUUUUGCACCUGAAAUUAAUUUAACGCUAGAUGGAAAGCAAACUGAAGCACAUUCAUCUGCUAUUGACAUUAACAAUCAAACGAUGAUAACAGAACAAUAUAUUCAAACGAUUUUUGCACCUGAAAUUAAUUUAACGCUAGAUGGAAAGCAAACUGAAGGUGAAUUGAUACGUAUCACGUGUGAGAUUUCUUCUCGACCGGAUUUUGAUGAGAUUCAGUGGUUUAACGGAAGUGUUUUAUUGAAUAUGACGAAUCAGACUCGUUUGGAAGUCAAAUUAACGCGGUAUAUGCAUGGAAAUCGGAUCAGUUGUCAAGUCAAAAAUCAAGUCGGCAAACGAAAUCAAUCGUUAACAUUACAAGUCAACUAUAAACCAGUCUUUGUCGAUCUUCAUGGAAAUGAAAUGAACAAUUAUUCCGUUGUUUUAGUCGAUGAAGAGCAAACAGUCGAACUUCAAUGCUUAGUUAGUUCAUUUCCGUCAUCAAUAAUCUCAUGGAUAUUUAAUGAGAAAAUUCUUUCGACAAAUCAAACAACUUUAAAAAUCGAUCAUCUGCCAAUCGGCCUGUAUGUCUGUACUGCUCAUCACCCUCUAUUUGGAAUAUUUAAUCGAACGAUACGAGUUGCUUUGAAAGGACCACCGGAAAUGCUCGAAGAAACAACAAUUCAUUCCGCUUAUGUUGGACAAUCGGCUUUGCUUGUUUGUUCUAUAUCAAAAGAUAUCCCAACCGAAGAAAUCUUCUGGUCACGUGACGGUCAAUCGAAAAUCAACUCCAAUGAAAAAUAUGAAAUCGAAGAUAAUCGAACAGAUCGGCUGAUUGAAUAUAAACUAUUGAUUAAAAACGUGUUCGUAUCAGAUGAAGAUUCGUAUAUUUGUACAACAAUGAAUCAAUAUGGUUCAUCCAUUGCUAAAUUUCAAUUACGAGUGAUCAGUUUGAAAAAUUACUUUAUUCAACGUUCGUUUCUUUAUGGUUCAAUCUUUCUUGGACUUUCGUGUUGUUUGAUAUUAAUUGUCAUUACAUUAAUUAAUCAUUAUCGACGAAAAAAUCAUCAACGAAUAAGAAAACGUUCUUCGACGACAGAUGAAACAAUAUCAUCUCUAGCGAAACAACACGAUCAGAUGCAGCAUGAUUAUCAAGAUGAAACAAAUUCGAAUAUGGAUCAAUAUCUUUUUCACGAACAAUUUAUCAAUAAUCAUAGAGACGAUAUCUGUGAUUCUUCACACGAUGAUCAAUUUUAUUUUCGAGACAAUCUUGAACGAUAUUCUACAGUUGUUUAA